AUGGCGGCCUGCUGUAUGCUUGGGCGUGGUGGCGGUUCGGAAGCUCCCAGGAGGGGCCUGGGAGCCGGCGGCUGGGGAUCGGUCUAUAACCAUUGGACUCGGCGGUGUUCGAAGACUUACUUCCGGUCGAGCCCCGGCGUCGCAGGUUUCACCGGCGAUUCCCAAGAUUCUUCGGCCCACCAUUUUCUCGUUACCUCUGCUUCUGCUGUUGUGCGCCGUGAUGAUAAUGCUUUGGUCAACAGCAAGCAAGGCGUUAACCCCGACUACUAUUAUGCUCACCACUAUAUCAAGGAAGGAAUCGAGCCUUGGGCCUUUGAGGCGUCUGAUAGUGGUCGUUGGGUUCGCAAGCUUAUCAACCGACGGUUUGAUGGCUUUGCUGAUGAGAUGGCCAUCCUCCCGGAACCUGUGCUCCCCGUCGGUAAACCAGGCACUAAGAUUCCUUGUGCCGCUUGGCAGAAGGUUUUUGACAAGUGUGUGAAGAGACAUGAGAAUGCAGUAGCUGGCAAGUGCGAGUACCUGAGGUGCAAGUUGUACGAGUGUCGUGCCACACAGAAUUGA